GGCCUAGAUCGUCAUCAAUCGCAAAGAAAGUCUCAACUUUGUCUUGUUUGUCUUUUUUCCGGUUUUGCUCCCUCAAGAAAAGUUAUCAGAUCAAAACACCGAACAAGUUUGUUGACGAAAGCCUUUUCAAUUUUAUUUAAUUUUUCAAUUUUUUUUCCUUGUGAGAAAUCGAUUCUUUUUGAUCUGUGGAGUCCGAGUUGGAUUCCGGGAGAGCAAAACAAAAGAUGUUAGAGAAGAUUGGGCUUCCGGGAAAGCCAUCAGUGCGAGGGAACAACUGGGUGGUUGAUGCUUCCCACUGUCAGGGAUGUUCUUCUCAGUUUACCUUCAUCAAUCGCAAGCAUCAUUGCCGAAGAUGUGGGGGUUUGUUCUGCAAUAGUUGCACCCAGCAAAGGAUGGUAUUACGAGGACAGGGGGAUUCGCCUGUGCGUAUUUGUGAACCUUGCAAAACUCUAGAGGAGGCGGCACGGUUUGAACUUCGCCAUGGACACAGGAGCAGAGCUUGGAGAGGUAGUUUAAAAUCAACAUCAAAGUCCGAGAAUGAAGUCUUAAACCAGAUUCCAAGUAAUGAAAAAAAGGAAGCUUUUGCAUCAGGACUUGGUUCAAGCAGUAAACAAUUGGUGUCUAGUACUCAAGGAGCAGCAAGUUCAAAUACUGAAGUUGUCAAUCUGGAUGGGGAGGGGGAAGUAUGCAGAAGUCAAUCUAUUGAUGAGUUUGGUUCUUCAUCGACUGAGAAGGGAGCUACUAGUCCUGAUGAUUUGCGUCAACAAGCUUUGGAUGAAAAGAAGAUGUAUAAGCAACUAAAAGGAGAAGGGAAAUCUGAUGAAGCACUAAAAGCCUUUAAAAGAGGAAAGGAGCUUGAAAGGCAAGCUGAUGCAUUGGAGAAAACUUUAAGAAAAAGUCGUAGAAAGGUUUUGCUUGCUGGGAAUGCGGAGGAGAUACAGAUUAACGAUGUUCCUGGAGAGUCUAGAAAAAGGAAUAAGGUUGGUGAUUCUGAAGGUAAAGAGAAAGAUGACCUUGCGGCUGAGCUCAGAGAACUUGGGUGGUCUGAUAUGGAUCUGCAUAGUGAAGACAAAAAAGGAACAAAUUUGACUUUGGAAGGUGAACUCUCUUCUCUCCUUGGUGAAGUCUCAGUGAAGCCUGGUAAAAAUAAGGGUGCUAAUUUUAUAGACAAAACUCAGGUUGUUGCACAUAAAAAGAAAGCUCUUGCGCUAAAGCGUGAAGGAAAAUUGGCAGAAGCAAAAGAAGAAUUAAAGAGAGCUAAAGUUUUAGAAAAGGAACUUGAAGAACAGGAACUUCUUGCUGAGGCUGAAGAUUCUGAUGAUGACCUUUCUGCAUUGAUCCGUAGUAUGGACAGCGAUAAACAAGAUUUAUAUUCUGAUCCAAAUGAGCAACAGCAUGGUUAUGAUUUUAGCAGUCUUUUAGGUGCUGCUGAUGAUCAGAUUAUUGAUAGUAGUUUUGAUGUGACAGAUGACGAUAUGGAGGACCCAGAGAUGGCUGCUGCAUUAAAAUCUUUAGGAUGGACUGAAGAUUCUGUUAAUUCUGAUAUUUCAUUUGACAAGGAAGCACUAUUAACCGAAAUUCUAUCCUUGAAAAGAGAGGCUGUGAAUAAAAAACGAGCUGGUAAUGUUUCAGAGGCAAUGAAUCUGCUAAAGAAGGCAAAACUACUUGAGAGAGACCUUGAAGGCGUUGAGCCUCAAAAAGGAAAAGUUGCCCAGGAUCCUGCAAGAGUUCAGAAAGAUUCAAAUGAUCUAAAUGCUCAUAGAUCAUUUACGGGGAGUGAAAACACAGAUUCCAAAUUUGCACCAAAGAGUAAAUUAAUGAUUCAAAAAGAGCUUUUAGGAUUGAAGAAGAGGGCUCUUGCAUUAAGGAGGGAAGGGCGGUUGGAUGAGGCUGAAGAAGAAUUAAAGAAAGGCAAGAUUCUCGAACAUCAGCUAGAAGAGAUGGAAAAAGCUUCAAAUGUGAAGACUAAGUCUGUGGCUGUUCAUACUAAGGGCCCGAAUUCAGUAAAUGGGAAUCACGAUUUCCCUUUCAACCUGCCUAUUGGAGAUGAGAUGGAAGAGAACAUAUCUGAUCAAGAUAUGCAUGACCCAACUUAUCUUUCACUUCUGAGGAAUUUAGGUUGGAAAGACGAAGACAAUGACCUUGCCGAAUUUUCACCAGAAUCCAAAGAAAGAAAUGCUAGUGGAUCCUCUGUACCUCAAGCUGCAGCAGGCCAUAUUAAGGUACCAAAGAGAAGCAAAGCUGAAAUGCAGAGGGAGCUCUUGGGUUUGAAAAGAAAAGCCCUGGCUUUGAGGCGCCAAGGAGAGAGUGAGGAGGCAGAAGAAGUGUUGAGAAUGGCAAAAGCCUUGGAGGCCCAGAUAGCGGAAACUGAAUCACUAGGAAAAGAUUUUCAGCAUAGUAGUCACACAGAAAUUAUAAUAAAAUCUCCUCUUGGAAGUGCAGAUGAGGAAGGCGAUGCAGUGGCUAUCACAGAAACAGAUAUGCACGACCCAGAGAUGCUAUCAGUGUUAAAGAAUUUGGGGUGGAAUGACGACGAACAAGAUGCUGCUACAACGCAUGAAAAACAUGAAGACGUUGCCAUUAAGUCCAAACAUUCUGAUGACACAUCUCUAAUUCAAUCUUCUCCUCCACUUGCUGCUCCUGCUCGAAGAAGUAAAGGUGAGUUACAAAGGGAACUUUUAAAUUUGAAAAGAAAGGCACUUGCGUUGAGACGGAAGGGAGAAACUGAAGAAGCUGAGGAAUUGCUGAGGAGUGCAAAGGUUUUAGAGACUCAAAUAGAAGAACUGGAAGCCCCAAAACAGGUGCAUCUACAUGAAGCUUCAAAGGAUGAGAAACCUCAGAGUUUUGGAUUAUUGAUGAACCAAGAUAAGAGUGGAAUAAGUGACGUAGAAACAAGUAGGGUGAUGUCCCAAGAAACCUCUGGUCGUGUUGAUUUAUCAAUUGAUAAAAGUAGUAUGGGAAGUGAUACAGCUAACCAUCCAUCACAAAAUUCUGAGAUGCCAAUUCCUCUAAACUCGCAGCUAAUUGUCGAAGACCAAAUGAUAUUGGGUGACAUGGGAACCCAAAUGGCUCCUGAAAAACAAGAUGGAUUAAAUUAUAGUUCUGACGGUUCCAUUGUUGCUACCGCUAUUCGGUUGCAAACGGUUGCGAGCUCUAUGAGAGACAUGACAAGGGGGGAUGAUAUGAAAUAUGAAAAACGAGGAGUCAUUGAGAAACCACGUCCUUAUGAAUCAAAUAUUAUUGAGGAACAUGUACCCGCGGCUAGAGAAUCUAGUGUUAGAAGUGAAAAACAAGAAAGUACAGUUGUCAAAGACGAGAAGCCACAUUUUUCUGAAGCAAGUAGUGUCAAAGAACAUGUUUCUCAGAUCAAUGAAGCCACCCUUAAGCAAGACAUUCUGGCUCGUAAGAGAAAAGCACUUGCUUUAAAGAGAGAAGGGAAAUUAGCAGAAGCUCGAGAGGAAUUACGACAAGCAAAGUUGUUGGAGAAGCAUCUUGAGACAGAGAACACCAAAUCCAAAACAAAUCCAACAUUGGAACCAGUUUCUACACCAAGUGUUUCUUCCGUUGGCCAAAAAGAGCGUGGUACAUCAAAUAAUAUCCCAAAACCAAUUUCUAGCCGUGAACGCUUCAAGUUGCAACAGGAAUCCCUUGCUCACAAGCGCCAGGCUUUGAAGCUGCGAAGAGAGGGUAGGAUUGAAGAGGCAGAUGCUGAGUUUGAAUUGGCUAAGGCACUUGAGACCCAGUUGGAGGAGUUGUCUGCAAAUGAGUCUGUCAAUUCAAGUGUUGAUGGCUUAGGGACAGAGAAAGAUAUGGGCGUUGAGGAUUUUCUUGAUCCUCAACUUUUGUCUGCUUUAAAAGCGAUUGGAAUAGAAAAUACGAACACGAACACGGUGCCACGAGUUCCUGAUAAAUUACAGUCUUCAAAACUUAAUGUGGGUAAGAGUGACAACCCUAACCAAGAAAGAAUUCAACUAGAAGAACAGGUAAAAGCCGAGAAGGUGAAGGCAUUGAAUUUGAAACGAUCGGGAAGGCAAGUGGAGGCCUUGGAUGCCCUUCGAAAGGCCAAACUUCUCGAAAAGAAGCUGAAUUCGUUGGCCUGAGUUCCUUUGCGUUGCGGUAAAGAGCUGAGGCUAUCACAUUUUGAAUUGGAAAUCCUCAUUGUAUUAGCUCAAUGAUCAAGGUGAAUUAGGUUUGUUACUUAUAAAUAUUCGCUGGGCAAUAUGCUAAAGAUAUUUUGUCCAUUGCAGAUAAAUACACUUAUCCUUGAAAAAUAUACGACUAUAUUAUGAAAAUGGCAAAUCACUUGUUGCAGUA